AUGACCAAGCUAUGCCCAAGCUGGAACUUUCACUCCAACCACCAAUCUGAUGAGGAUGGAAGGAUUAUACUACUCUGGAAACAUCCCAUUAAACUCUGUGUCCUCCACCAGAGUAGUCAAAGCAUCACGAGCAUCAUAGAAUUACCAAAUUCUGAGCCACUCUACUACUCGGCUGUGUACGCAUCAAACCUGUCUGCUGACCGAUCAGAUCUCUGGGCUGAACUGAUGUAUCUCCAUGACACUUAUGAUCUACAACAUAAUCGAUGGGUUGUUGGUGGGGAUUUCAACCAAAUCAUUAUGCCAACAGAGCACUCUUCACACUCUGUGGAUGCCCAAGACACUCAAAUGUACCAAUUUCAAGACUGUUUGCUGCAGAACGGUCUUUUCGAUCUGAGAUAUAACGGUCCUGGCCAUACAUGGACAAACAACCGGCCAGACAUGCCAAUAGCAAAGAAGCUUGACAGGCUGCUUGUUAACUGCAACACAAUCUCAGCCUACCCUCAUGCCGUAGCUACCUUCCUACCUCCGUCUAUCUCUGACCAUGCACCCUGCCUCCUAGACCUAGCCGUUCAACUACCCAAAGCAGGAACCCAUCCUUUUAAAUUCCAAAAUUAUCUAACCAAACACCCGGAGUUCACCUCGGCACCAGGCCCUGAUGGACUUACCUCUAGUUUCUUCAAAGCAAGCUGGGACAUUCUAGGGGAAGAGGUCGUUGCUUCAGUUCAACAUUUCUUUGCAGCCUCUUUUCUACCUGCAGCGGCAAAUGCAACUAUCCUCUCUCUUGUUCCGAAGUUUCCAGGUGCAAGCAACAUUACAGAAUACCGGCCAAUAUCCUGUUUGAAUACGGUGUAUAAGGUUAUCUCAAGGCUACUAGUGGCUCGACUCAAACCCAUCCUACCUAAUCUAAUCCUUCCUAGUCAAACUGCUUUUGUAAAGGACAGAUUACUUGUAGAGAAUACUACUCUAGCUAGUGAAUUGGUCAACGGGUAUCACAAGAAUAAAGGAGAAAAGAGAAUUACCAUUAAAGUGGAUAUCGCUAAGGCGUUUGACACUCUCUCUUGGGAUUUCCUCCUGUCCUGUCUCCAGGGGCUUCAAUUGCCGCCAAAGUUCAUUUCCUGGAUCAAAGCCUGCAUAUGCACAACCAGUUUCAUGGUGGGAUAUAAUGGUAUGGUUAAUGGUUAUUUUAAGGGAAAGCGCGGGCUCAGACAAGGAGAUCCGCUCUCUCCUUACCUCUUUGUCAUGGCUAUGAACUGUCUAUCGAUGAUGUUGAAUCAAGCAGCUGCAAAUGAAAGGAUAAACUAUCAUGAUAAAUGUGAUGCAAUGAAACUUACCCAUUUAUCUUUUGCAGAUGACUUACUGAUAUUCAUUGAUGGAUCUUUGAGGUCUGUCCAGAAUGUGCUACAGGUACUAAAGGAGUUUGAGUUGAGAUCGGGUCUUGCAGUCAGUUUCCAAAAGACAAGCUUCUAUGCGUCGGGGCUAACAGAGCAAGAAAUAAAUACCAUCCAGGCUUCGACGGGCAUGGUUAAUGGCUCGCUUCCUUUCAGAUAUUUGGGAGUUCCACUAAACUCCAAAAAGCUCUCAUUGGCAAACUGUGAACCACUGCUUCAUCAAGUUAAAAACCGCCUCUCAUCUUGGUCUGUCAAGACUCUAUCUUUUGCUGGACGCCUGCUUCUCAUCAAAACUGUCAUAGCCGGGAUUACAACUUUCUGGUGUUCUGCCUUUAUACUCCCUAAAGCCUGCAUAAAAAAAGAUCAAUUCAAUGUGCAGUUUCUUCCUUUGGAAAGGAAACUUAGAAAGCCACCAUUCCGCCAAGAUUCGGUUUGGGCGUCUUGGUUCAAGGAAGUGAUCCUCAAUAGCUCCUUGCAUAACUACUGGACAAUAAAGCCUAGUCAGAAGUACUCUUGGUUAGUAAACAAACUCAUCAAGUUGAAGACAGCUCCCUCCGGCUCACGCCUAGGUAUCCCUCUGCACGCUACCAUUGCUUCUCUUAACAGAAAUGGAAAUUGGCACCUUCCUCCGGCACGAUCAGAAGCGAUGUUGGAGCUGUACACAUUCAUUACCACAAUAGUCUUAACUGAGGAGCAUGAUUAUUAUGAGUGGGAAAUACAAGGAAAGGUCAAAGCAAAGUUUAGUACAGGAGAGCUUUAUACUUACUUGAUUGGAGAAGUACAAGACCAAGACUGGGCGCCGGUUAUCUGGUUCUCACGCUCCAUUCCAAGACACUCGUUCCACUCAUGGCUGAUGAUCUUAAAUAGAUGUCCAACCAAAGAUAGGAUGCUUCAGUGGGGACUCCAAGUUGACUCGACUUGCCUCCUCUGUAAUACGCAGUCGGAAUCAAGGAACCAUCUCUAUUUUGAUUGCUGCUAUAGUUUCGAUCUUUGGGCAUUGAUAGCGCAGAGAUGCAGGAUCACUCCUAGACGGAACUGGGAUGAAACGGUCUCGCAGAUGAAAGCGCUCCCAUCGCGAAAAGUAGACCGCCUCUUGACUCUUCUCUCAUGGCAGGCUGCUCUUUACUGGAUUUGGAAUGAGCAGAACUCUCGCAUGCACACCAACGUUUUUUGA